AUGUGCCCAAGUGAAGGUAGUAUACAGCCAGCCUCUUCGCCACCUUCGACGUAUUCGUACAAGCUUAGAGACAGGCUACGACCAGUGCUGAACGAGGCGAAAGUCUCUAGUCGUCCGUCAUUACCUGGUAUUGUCUUAUACCUUCAACAUCGAGAAUUCCGGCUGCCCUUGACCAGGACUACACCAGCACCGUCUCAUGCAGCACUAAUGACUUGCCUUAGCUGUGGGAGGUCAGACCUACGGAUAGGUACGUCCAAAGGAAGUUGA